UCAAGCAGGAAUCUAGAGGUGCCUAGACCAGCCACGCGGGGCCGCUGCGGGCCACAGGUUUCCCCGGCACCUGUGGUGAAAGCCCUAAGCAGAAGCUGGAUCGCGUAGGCAGGGACUUCGCCUCUGGAUCGGUUCAGAAGUAUAAGGUGCGCUGUGAAGCAGAGCUGGGUGAGAUCUUGCUGUUGCGCUUACACAAGGAGCGCUUUGCUUUCUUCUGCAAGGACCCUUGGUACUGCAGUCGAAUCUGUGUCACUGCCCCCGAUGGCUCUGCUGUCCACUUUCCCUGCUACCAGUGGAUCGAUGGCUACUGUACUGUGGAGCUGCGGCCAGGAACAGCAAGAACCAUCUGUCAGGAUUCUCUUCCCCUCCUUCUGGACCACAGGAAACGGGAACUCCAAGCCCGCCAAGAAUGUUAUCGCUGGAAGAUCUUCGCCCCUGGCUUCCCUCGGAUGGUGGAUGUCAGCAGCUUUCAGGAGAUGGAGUCAGAUAAGAAAUUUGCCUUGACCAAGACAGUACCUUGUGCAGAACAGGAUGACAACUCUGGGAACCGGUACCUGCCUGGCUUUCCUAUGAAGAUUGACAUCCCAUCUCUGCUGCACAUGGAACCCAACAUUCGAUACUCAGCCACCAAGACGGCCUCACUGAUCUUCAACGCCCUUCCUGCGUGAGCCUGUCAUUUCCCCUGCACCUCUGCUCUUGGCCCCUUCUUUCCCAUCCAUACCAGGGGCACCUCACAGGACAGCCCCAGCCCUUCUCUCUGCCCCCAUUUCCCCACAGAUCUUCACAUUCCUUCCUUCCUUCCUCCCAGCCUCCCUUUGCUUUGUCCUUCAUCUCCUCCCUAUUCAGGGUGUGGUCCCAGGGGCCAAUGAAGUAGGAUAGUCUUUGUCCUUAAGCCUUGAGGAGGUGAGGCCAGGCCAUCUCAGGUUCAACUCCAAAGCCCAUAUUUUCUGGAUGUGUAACUUUAAUUUGUUGUUGUUUCUUUUUUUGAGACAGGGUCUUUCUACAUAGCCCUGGCUGUCUUGGAAUUCACUAUGUAGACCAGGCUGGCCUUGAACUUGAACUCACAGAGAUUUACUUGCUUCUGCCUGGGAUUAAUGGCCUGAGCUACCAUGCCCUGCCUAGCAUAACCUUAAUUCUUACAUAGUCUCUGGACAAUUGCCCAGAGGGUAAAAUGACCCACUCACUCAGACAUCAUUAGUCUUACUUUAUUAUUGUUAUUAUUAUAUUUUUUUAAAUGUUUGUGUGUGUGUGUCUAUGUGAGUGCAUGUCAUGAGCAUGCUGGUGCCCACAGAGGCCAGAAGAUGGCAUCAGCUUGGUUAUAGGCAGUUGUGAGCUGCCCCUUGUGGAUAAUGGUAUUGAACCCUGGUUCCUUGAGAGAAGCUAGUGCUCUCUUAAACAUUGAGCCAUCUCUCCAACCCCCACUAUAGGUUUGCAGGAAAAGCCAGUGAGAUAAUCUAAGCACAAAAUCUCUAGAUAGACAGUCUCUUCAAGGAGAUGCCAUUUGGUAGAAGGGAUCCCUGGGUCACUAAAGAUGCCUGUGUGCAGUUAAGAGUUGUCAGGACAGACAUUAUCAACUUAGGUCGACAGCUAGGAUUUUUUAAAUUGUGCUAUCACUAGAGUUGCCUCCUGGAUUGUCUGGGAUGGACAGGGCAUGAAGCAGCCACAGGUGGCUCAGGCUGCAGGACAAGGAUGUAUUUAUUAUCAAAUCCAGGCGGGACCAUGGGGGCAUCUGGAAAGGUAGAGAAGGCCAGAGGUGAGUCUGAGAAGUAUGUUAAGGUCUAAGCAAGAAUGGGGUCGCCAGCAGGGGUCCCAAGUAAGGUCAGAGGGAGCCAAGCCUGGUCUUGGUGACCAGGGUGUGUUGUGAAGGACAUUUGUGGCAGACCCUUGGAAAGGAAAAGAGCCUCUUUGCUUAUUUGCCUCCUCAGCCUCUGCCUUCAUGACUUAGCUCUUCCAGUUUUCCUCUGCAACCCAGGCAGGCAGGGUUGGGCAUGUGAUUUUCCUUCGCCAGCCGAGUUAACUGGGCCUACAUAGGUUUGUGUUACUAAGCUCAGCUCUGCCUAGUCGUUAGUUGUUUUGUUUUGUUGUUUUGUUUUUUUGUCUCCUGGGUUGUGCUUAGAAAUCACUCCACAAAUGUUUGCGCAGUAGGUGAGCAAGCACUUUGUGAGCAUGGAUGACCUUGACCUUGGGUCUGUAAAGUCAUGAGUCCACCCCCACCCUCUGCCUUCCUCAGCUGCCCACACUCUUCAGGGAACAUCAGCAUCAUCACAUAGCCAGGUGCCUUAGCGACCCCUUGCUACAACCCUACCUGUGCUGAACUCCAUUCCUUUUUCUUUAAUUCAGCCCAUUUGGUGAGUGUUUGCGAGGAGGUGGGCGUGUUGGGAUUCAGAGAGCAGAGUCCUUUCCCUAAGGAGCUAUAGUAGAAUAGGAAGUCACAGAUGGACAGGGUUAUAAUGAAACACAGGGGAUGGUGAAUGCUACGAGGCAGGGACUUUGGGGGAGUCAGGCAAGGAACUGGUGUCUGAGUUGCACCUAGAGGGCCAGACUGACUUUAGGUAGUAAGUAAGAGGCUACUAGCAGAGACUCAGCUUGAAUGGAGCCUUGGAAAUAGGGGAAAAGCCAAUCUUAUUCCAAGACUUUUUUUUUUUUAAAUCUCUGAUGCUCAUGGGUGAAAAAUAAAAACCAGGCAGUAUAAGCAUCUACAAGAUGCAGAAGCACAUGACCCAGUUUGUCAACCCCAUUUUCACCAGCCCAGGAGCAAACACAGCACCUUAUUGAUUAUGUUUGGAAACCAGGCCUUGGUUGGUGCAGAGGGGUGGGAGAAAACACUACAAAGGUUAUAGAGAGUUGCCGGAGGGCGGCAUCGUGACCCAGCCAGACUUGGCAGCCGAGGCUUUGCCUUAUAGGCAGAAAGGAGCCAUUGAAGGGCUCAGAGAUUCUUAGAAGCUUGAAGAUGGCAGGUCACAACUCCAGCGAGGGCAGCACUGCGUUUGCUCACGGGAAACCCAGGGACAUCUGCUUUUGAAGGAGGACCCUGGACUGUGCAGGGCUUCACCCUACUGCUAGGCUUUUCUCCCAUGUCGACUGUUAGGCACUUUUACUUGGGAAAUGAACCCACUGAUUCUCUCCAGCCAUGAGCACAGUGACUCCUACCCCCCUGCCUGCACUGGCUCUCACCUUCUCUGAUGAACCCACUGAUUCUCUCCAGCCACGAGCACGGUGACUCCUCCCCCCUGCCUGCACUGGCUCUCACCUUCUCUGUCCCUCAGAUCCUUUGGCAUGAAGAUUCGAGGUCUCCUGGACCGCAAGGGCUCCUGGAAGAGGCUGGACGACAUCCGGAACAUCUUCUGGUGCCAUAAGACCUUCACUUCAGAGUACGUCACCGAGCAUUGGUGUGAGGACAGCUUCUUUGGGUACCAGUACCUGAAUGGUGUCAACCCUGUCAUGCUUCAUUGCCUCUCCAGCUUGCCCAGCAAGCUGCCUGUCACCAAUGACAUGGUGGCACCUUUGCUGGGACCAGGCACCUGCCUACAAACAGAGCUAGAGAGGGGGCACAUCUUCCUGGCGGACUACUGGAUCCUGGCGGAGGCCCCAGUCCAUUGCAUAAACGGUCUCCAACAGUACGUAACAGCGCCCCUCUGCCUGUUGUGGCUCAACCCACAGGGGGUGCUGCUGCCAUUGGCAAUCCAGCUCAGCCAGACACCAGGGCCAGAGAGCCCCAUCUUUCUGCCCACUGAUUGCGAGUUGGACUGGCUGCUGGCCAAGACGUGGGUGCGCAACUCUGAGUUUUUGGUGCACGAGAACAACACGCAUUUUCUGUGCACGCAUUUGCUAUGCGAGGCCUUCUCCAUGGCUACACUGCGUCAGCUGCCGCUCUGUCAUCCAGUCUACAAGCUCCUGCUUCCUCAUACUCGCUACACGCUGCAAGUGAACACCAUCGCAAGAGCCACGCUGCUCAACCCAGACGGCCUCGUGGACAAGGUCACGUCCAUCGGUAGGCAGGGCCUCAUCUACCUCAUGAGCACCGGGCUGGCCCACUUCACCUACACGGAUUUCUGCCUACCGGAUAGCAUACGGGCUCGUGGCGUCCUGACCAUUCCCAACUACCACUACCGAGACGACGGCCUGAAGAUCUGGGCGGCUAUUGAGAGGUUUGUCUCAGAGAUUGUGAGUUACUAUUAUCCCAGCGAUGCGUCUGUGCAGCAGGACUGUGAACUGCAGGCCUGGGUGGGUGAGAUUUUUGCUCAGGCGUUCCUCGGACGGGAAAGUUCAGGCUUCCCAAGCCGGCUGUGCACCCCAGGAGAGCUCGUGAAGUAUCUCACCGCAAUCAUCUUUAAUUGCUCCGCCCAGCACGCUGCGGUCAAUAGUGGGCAGCAUGACUUUGGGGCCUGGAUGCCCAACGCCCCAUCAUCCAUGAGGCAGCCUCCGCCUCAGACCAAGGGCGACACGACAAUGAAGAGUUACCUAGACACCCUCCCAGAGGUGAACACCACCUGUAGAAACCUUCUCCUCUUCUGGCUGGUCAGCCAAGAGCCAAAGGACCAGAGACCUCUGGGCACCUACCCAGAUGAACACUUCACAGAGGAGGCCCCACGGCAGAGCAUCGCAGCCUUCCAGAACUGCCUGGCCCAGAUCUCAAAGGACAUCAGGGAGCGCAACCAGAGCCUGGCACUGCCCUAUGCCUACUUGGAUCCUCCACUCAUUGAGAACAGUGUUUCCAUUUGAGUCCCACUUGGAGCCAUCCCAGAGGAAAGGAAGUUACAACUAAGGGGAAGGCUAACUCCCUAGGGCCUUCUAGGCCUCUUUAAUCUCAGUUUGGACCUUCUCCUCUGCCCAUGGGACCACGAUGGCCUUGACAUUAUAUCAAUGUGCCCUGAGCUGUGAGGGACCAGUACAGCAGUGUUCAGGGUGAAAGCCGCUAACUAAAGUCAAAUGCACAAUAGAACCCAUGCCCUUCUAACGUGUGGAAUCCUCUCCCACAUCAGGUUGCUCAGCUUGAGUUUCUGAGCUCUCUUUCCACAUCCCAGUUAAACCCACUCCCAUCCUAUUGUCUGUCUUUGAGCCCAGUGACUUCAAUAAAAGCUAACGUAUUUGGCUCUCA